AUGGCCAAGAAAUUCGACCCUAACGAGAUCAAAUACAUCUACCUCCGCCAGACUGGCGGUGAGGUUGGCGCAUCUUCUGUUCUGGCCCCUAAGCUCGGCCCUCUGGGUAUGUCCCCUAAGAAGGUGGGCGAUGACAUUGCAAAGGCGACGAUGGCGUGGAAGGGCCUGAAGGUGACGGUUUGUUUGAAGGUGCAGAACCGUCAGGCCACAGUGGAAGUGAUGCCCUCUGCCUCAUCUUUGAUUAUUAAGGAGCUCAAGGAGCCCGUCAGAGACAGAAAGAAGGUGAAGAACAUCAAGCACAACGGGAACCUGACGUUGCAGCAAGUUUACCAAAUCUCCCGCACCAUGCGGACAAAGUCCAUGGCGCACGAGUUCUCCGGUACUGUCAAGGAGAUUCUGGGCACAUGCGCAUCAAUUGGCUGCACAGUUGACGGAAAGGCCCCCACCGAUGUUCAGGCGGAGAUUGACUCCGGAGAGAUUGAGGUUCCCGCAUCAUGA